AGCAGGGUUUUACAAAGGCCAAAACUCAACACAACACACAACGACAUGUAGUUUGUCUUCAGCUCAUUUAUCAUCAGUCCAAUCUUUGCGGCCCAGCGUUUGUGCUGAUCUUAGUUCGUCGUUUCGCAUAACACCUUCGAGAGCUAUUGUGAUUCGUCCCGUAUUGUCCCGUAUUAUGAAACAUCUUAAUAUACUUUACUAAUUCGAUAAGCGAACACAAAAGAAGUUAUUUGCACGUGUGCUAACCAUGCAACUAAAAUGUCAACUAAACGAUCGCGCGAUGCUCCACAUAAGCAUAAACAACAAAGUGAUCGUAACCUUGCUGUCAAACGGUACAAGCAGAUACAUCUUUACAAAAGGAAGAAACAAAUCCGUCCUAAUCGGUGUGCAGAAUCUCGUCGAAACAUUUUGUUACGCUUUCCCACUUUUGUACAAGAUGCGUGCCGGAAAUUGAGCACGUUCGGCAAGUUCUUCAGGCCCAAUUAAACCUCAUUAACCUCAACGGUGACAUAACUGGUGAUUCUCUACGUAUAUACACGCAGCUUGAUUUAAAGUGAAUAAAAUGUACUACGAGGCACAUAACCAAUUUGUGUUCCCGUCUGAGGGCAAACAAACGUGGGUCGUCAAUAUCGUAAUUAACAGCGUCAGACUAAAUGACGAUUUUGACGAUGAACACACGGGCCGGUUCGCUUCAAGCCAUAGUCGUAACAGAAGCGGUCACGCAUCAGUUCCUCGUCGGUGGUCCGCACGGCGUGCUACGAUCAGGUUUUUUUUCGUCCUUCUUUCAAUUGCUUCUCUACGAUGCUUGCUACUUCUUAUAUUAACCGGGUGGGUGCAACGGUUAAGAUUCCUUAUCACAAAGGGGCGCUCGGUUUAAUUAUCCUGCUGCGGGACUGUUGGUGUUGCAGCCACGUUUGACAUUCUAUGGAGAUUUCUAUGCUUUGCCGGUUUCGAAAAAAAAACAAAUUAAAAGGAUACACUAAAAGAAUAAAACCAUUGUAAACGAAGGCGAUGUUUGUGCUAAUGAAUUGUUACGGAAGGUUACAAAAGAAAGAUGUUUAUUAGAAGCUGACGUUACAAGUUACAAGUGAAAGGGUGAGCUUAGAAACGAACAAGACAAGCGUGUAAGGUACCCUUUGCGAUCGUAAAAAAUGCGUUCCACACGGCACGUGGAUGAAUAUAAACUUUUAUUAACCAGCUGGAUGGUGUUAUUAGUUUAGUGUGUUGUUGUUAGCCUUUAUGACAAGCAUUUUUCCUUCUGUAGAAAUUUCAACACAAUGGAAAGUGAUCGCGUUGACGGUCACGUUGCAACCUAGGUGCCCACAAUAGCAUGAUUUAACUCAUUCUUACGCUUGACACAUUCACUAAUGCAUCGAUUGCAUUCGCGAAAUCCGGUCAUGCAAUUUGCAUUGAGCGGUAUUUCAAUCGAUUCCUAAACCGGAUUCGGUACGCAUUUUCACCAAAUGUCUUACGCGUAGAAACAAUUAACGUGUGACUAUCAAACGGCGGCCCUUUUAGAAUGUUGAUGUGCGUACGAUAAAUGCAUCCCGAGCGGUUGGGAUCGAUCGAUUGGUACACAAUGGUACGCACAUUGCUUUGGGAGUGGAAUUUGCAUUGGAUUUGAAAUUUGUGCUAAUACCAUUGAUUCCGCCAUUUGCUUUGAAUUGAUUUGUCUAGUGUCGAUGUACAGGAGGAAAUCACAUUUCAACAAACGUUGUGUGUGUGGGGGAGUGUAAAUAAUUUUGAAACCACCCGGUUCCUGCGAGAGAUGGGUGCAGAGAUACACGAAACACUUUUGCUGCUAAUAGUAGUGUCCUAUCUUCGUUUUAGCGAAAUCGUAACACUGCUCACGCUUCAAGUCCGGUCGGUCUAAUGAACCCCAAAUGUGUACGGGAAAUGUAGUUUUAAUUAAAAUUUCACCACCCACAUAUGGAACCCCUUUGGGGAUGGUUCACAUAUCGAACCAAAUCUGCCCGCUAGUUGCACCAUUAAUGCUGCACCGGAAAGCUGGUGCCAACCACCGUUGCCAGUGCAGUUCAAGCUCAUGCAACUUGUUUUGCAGUUGAUCGAUCAAUUAGGAAUAUUAGGAAUUUGUCUUGCUUUGGUACGGUGCUGUACGGCUUCACGCAUCUACCGCUUCCACGAAUACGGGGUGGUGGCUUGUUUUGGGUCGGUUUGCCCCUAGUAGGGGAUGAUACGGUGUGCUAGCUAAUUUGUCUGGAAACGUAUGCGUGAAAUUCUACUCCUUUCUGUAUAUUUAUGUACAUGGAUAGAAGGAAGCAUCGAUGGCAUCGCCUAACCGUAAAGCUGGGAUGUAUGCGUAACGAAAAAAGGUGACUGCAAGAUGCCCUUUGCAUUGGAGAGACAUGUAUAGAGUGAUUGUUGAUAAAAAGGAAUUCUUGCUAAAACUCUACAUUAAUUAAGUAUAACAUACUGUCGAGGAAUUCGAUUGCUUCUAAUUCUUUUGGGAAUUAAAAAGGAGCC